UAAGUGCAUGGCUGUCAUAAACUUGUCAGUAAGUCGCUGCCAUAAUACAAAAACAGUGAAGCAUGAGCCUUUGGUUCAUAACAUGUAUUGAGGAGGUCUUCACUGCAAGUCUUAGUUCAACAAUUCUCCUACCCAGUUGAUUCCCUAUAUAUAUGCACAUCAAGAUCAUGUCUCACUCAUUUUAAGCAAACUAGUGGAAGGAGGGAAAGGAGAAAUGGGAAGUAAUGGGUAUCUUCCUCUUUUCGCAACAAGGCCAGCCAGGGGACUAGUCCUGUUUCGAUCGUACGCAGCUUCAAUCUUUAUAGGCAUCUGUUUCAUUUGUUUUUAUAGAGUGAGCUAUUGUCCAGUGGAAGGAAAAACUAAGAGAUGGGCUUGGAUUGGAGUGUUUCUUGCUGAACUUUGGUUUAGUUUCUACUUUUUUAUCACUGCAGUCGUUAGAUGGAAUCCUGUCUUCCGUUACACAUUCAAAGACAGGCUCUCUUCCAGGUACAACGAAGAAGCUUUGCCAGGAGUAGACAUUUUUGUUUGCACAGCGGAUCCUCGAAUAGAGCCACCGAUGAUGGUGAUCAACACAGUCUUAUCAGUUAUGGCUUAUGACUACCCUAGUGAGAAGCUAAGUGUUUAUCUGUCUGACGAUGGCGGCUCAGAUUUAACAUUCUAUGCUUUGUUAGAGGCUGCACGUUUCUCCCAGAUAUGGCUACCGUUCUGCAGAAAUCUCAAAGUAGAGCCAAGAUCGCCUGAGGCUUAUUUCAGUUACGCUGCGGAACCAGCUGAUGAUUCUGUCAUGGCCAAAGAGUGGUUGUUCGUCAAGAAAUCAUAUGAAGACAUGAAGAUGAGGAUUGAAACCAUCACAGAGCAGGGCAGAAUUCCAGUUGGCAUAAGCAAGUUACAUAAGGGAUUCCGUGACUGGGAUCUUGUUUCAAGUCGACAUGAUCACCAAGCCAUUCUCCAAAUCUUAAUCGAUGGAAGAGACCCUAACGCCAUGGAUGUUGAAGGAGAACCUUUGCCAACCCUGGUGUAUUUGGCGCGCGAAAAAAGACCUCAACACCACCAUAAUUUCAAAGCUGGAGCCUUGAAUGCGCUGAUAAGGGUGUCAUCAAGCAUAAGCAAUGCGCCAUUUAUCCUCACUGUGGAUUGCGACAUGUAUUCAAAUAAUUCAGAGACGAUUAAAGAUGUUCUUUGCUUUUUUCUGGAUGAGGAGAAGGGACAUGAGAUUGGCUAUGUACAAUAUCCACAGAGCUUUGGUAACCUGACUAAAAAUGAUAUUUAUGGCAGCUCUUUGAGAGUAGUAAUGGAGGUGGAGCUUGCAGGAUUUGAUGGGAAUGGAGGGCCUUGCUAUAUUGGAACUGGAUGUGUUCACAGAAGAGAAGCUCUUUGCGGAAUGAAGUAUAGCAAGGAAUUUAAGGUUGAAUGGAGGGCAACGAAAAAUGACAGAGGGAUUAAAGAAAGUGCAAGUGUCCUGGAAGAAAAUUGCAAAGCUCUUGCAAGUUGCACCUAUGAGGAAAAUACACAAUGGGGAAAGGAGAUAGGAUUAAAAUACGGCUGUCCAGUGGAGGAUGUACUCACAGCAAUAUCCAUACAAAGUAGAGGCUGGCGAUCCGUUUACUUCAUUCCUGAAAGGAAGGCCUUCUUAGGAGUUGUUCCAACAACACUGUUACAAUCCCUAGUACAACACAAGAGAUGGGCUGACGGCGACCUUCAAAUCUUUCUCUCAAAACAUUGUCCCUUUGUGUAUGGACGUGAAAGGAUGCCUCUAAUGCUUCAGCUUUCAUACUGUAAUUACUUGCUAUGGGCUGUGAACUGCUUAGCUUCGCUGUACUACGUUACGGUACCAUCUUUUUGCCUGCUUAAAGGCAUCCCUUUGUUUCCAAAGAUUUCAAGCUCUUGGGCCCUGCCAUUUUUGUAUGUCAUCACUGUCAACUGUGCAUACGGCCUUGUGGAGUUUGUAUGGUGUGGAGGAACAGUCCGAGGUUGGCUGAAUGAACAAAGGAUGUGGAUGUUCAGAAGAACAACUUCCUACCUCUUCGCCUUCAUAGACAAUAUCCUGAAGCUAUGUGGAUUCUCAAAGACAGCCUUUGUCAUCACAGGAAAGGUAGCUGAUGACCAUGUAUAUCAGAGAUAUGAGCAAGAGAUCAUGGAGUUUGGGACUACUUCACCAAUGUUCACAAUUUUAGCAACACUUGCCCUAUUCAAUCUGUUCAGCUUCGUUGGGGUAAUAAAGAAGGUUGCCUUGGAUGAAGUUCAUAUGAAGGUUUUCGACCUGUUUGGCUUACAGAUACUUCUCUGCUUCAUUUUGGUUUUCUUAAACCUGCCUAUAUACCAAGGACUAUUCUUUCGGAACGACAACGGUAAAAUGCCUCCCUCUAUAACAUACCAGUCCCUAACUUUUGCUGUCUUCGCUUGCACAAUAGCCAUGUACUAAAUUCAUGCUAUGCAACAUGUAUUCUUAUAAGGACAAAUAGUCAAGUAAAAUUUAAGGAAUAAGAUCAAAAUUACUCUCUGAAAG